AAUAUCUCACAUAUCAAUAAUUCAACGCGCAAGAAGAAGACCCCGCGCUAUGUAUUCAUCUGCGCUUCAACUCGACAAGGGCCUCGUACCGCUCUCGACUGGUUAUUCGAUUACGGAGUGACAAGAAGGCGCGGGGAGGCUUGAGCCGAGAGGGGGGAAAAAGUUAACAGUGGGAACGACUGGGUAAAGGGGGACUCUUCAUUAAAACAUAAAAAAUAAACGGGUAAACCAAACCUGUCUUUGACCUUUUCCAAUACUUAGAGAAACACACAAGAGGUUUAAUUCAAGAAGCGAAAAAGAUUUGGUCAUUUUAAUAGGCUGAAUUUUGCGGAAGAGAAGAAGUACUAUAUUAUCUAUCAGAAAACUAUACCUUUCUUUGUGCGGGAUCCAGCCACGAAGUGCAUAGUGAAAUUGCCGUAAUGUUGACGCUCCUACUGGGUGCGGUGUGGCUAGUGACUCUAGUGAACGCUCAAAACGAGACGGAACCCAUCGUACUCGAGGGGAAAUGUCUGGUUGUUUGCGAUUCCAACCCAACUUCGGAUCCCACCGGGACCGCGCUCGGGAUAUCGGUGCGCUCCGGGAGUGCCAAAGUGGCUUUUUCCGCGGUGAGAAACACAAACCACGAGCCCUCGGAGAUGAGUAACCGGACUAUGGUCAUCUACUUUGACCAGAUACUUGUAAACGUUGGUAAGAAUUUCGACGAGGAAAGGAGCAAUUUCAUCGCCCCGCGCAAAGGGAUUUAUAGUUUUAAUUUCCACGUGGUGAAAGUGUAUAAUCGCCAAACGAUCCAGGUAAGCCUGAUGCAUAAUGGAUGGCCUGUGAUAUCGGCCUUCGCUGGGGACCAGGAUGUAACUCGUGAGGCUGCCAGUAACGGAGUGCUGAUCCAAAUGGAGAAGGGGGACCGAGCUUACCUCAAACUAGAGAGAGGAAACCUCAUGGGGGGCUGGAAGUACUCCACAUUCUCUGGGUUCCUGGUCUUCCCCAUGUAGAAGAGAGGAGACUGGAGGGACUAAUUCUUCUGAGCUCGGCUGCUUGGGAGACUGGAGACAGAGAGAGAGAGAGAAUGAAAGAUAUAGAAAGAGGGAGAAGAGGAGAGAAAAAGAUAUGGGAGAGGAAGUUAAAGAGAUGAGUAGGGUAUAAUUAGUUGGGAAGGCUCUCCAACACACUCACUCACUCCGCUGCCUGACUACAGCUCUGGACAGCCAAAACUUUUUUAUCCUCAGAAAUACUAUCAUUUAAAAACAUGAAAGAGAGUAAAACCUAGAGGCCAAGUCCACCCCUUCCCCCGCUUCAUCUCUUUCUGCAUCUGCUUUGAGGAAUGUGUCUAUAUUACCUACAGUGUCAGAGAGCUGCAUCGACCAUGUUUCCACAUUCUGUAUGGCCAUCCAUCCCCAUCCAUUUUCUGUGACUCCAUUUUUAUUUGUUUUAUGUCUGUGUACAAUACAUUUUCUCCAUCCCAUCCACUUCUGUCAUUUCAAGUCCAGACAGAUACAGUACUGUACCAUCAAGUCCUCCUCACUCCCCACCCCAUUUCAUUAUGUUUAUUGAUCCCCUGUUCAAUACUCCUUCUGUCCUUUACUCCUCUCCUGUUCUUUUAUCCUCCCUCUGCUGCUCUUCUUUCUAGCCUUCUCCACCCAGUAAGGAUUGGUUUGUCAUGAUUGCUUUGUCAUGAUUGGAUGAUUGCUGAAACUCUAAAGACUCUUGCUGUAUACUGGACAUAUAUAAAAUCUGAAAGUUUCUAUAUGAUAUAAUAUGUGAUUAACAGAAUCUGGUUGAAUAUCUGUGUUUCCGUAUUUUAAUGUUAAAACUUAGUGAUUGUGUGUGGAUUAUGAGGCUGCCCUUAACUACUGAUGCUUCUUGUUCUUGUUUCGGUCAAAAUGUGGCUAAACUGAAACUAUACCAGAAAAACUAUAAAGGAAUUUUAUUCUGAUUAUUAACUGUAAAAUACAUGUCAAUAUUUAGAAGAGAGAAAUCCUCCCUUUUAUUUACCAAUCAAUCAAUUUAUCUAUUGUUUUUUAUUUGCAUUUAUCCAAUAAAAUAUACGUGGUACUUUUAUUUUUC